ACACAACGUAUACAGAGAAAGCAUAUGAAACAGGAAUAUCGGUGCUCCCAAAAAAACCGAAUCAGUAGCAGAAGUAGAAGCCGAAAUAGAAAUGUUUACCAUUUAAGCGUCUCGCGCGCGACUCAUAAAAAUACUCGCACGUCGUGCUCUCUUGCAACGGCACGCUCUCGCUCUCUCUCUCUCGCUCUUCUUCUGGCAACUCUUUGGAAUUCUCUCGCUCUCUCGUGCUAAAGUGAAAGUUUUGCCACACAAAAGUGGCAAAGGUCCGUUAUCUUCUUGGCCAGCGCUUGGCAAACGGGCAACGCUGACAAUCAGACACACGCGGAGCGUUCAGUUGACCGGACGCAUGGCGCUUGUUCAAAUUUCGCAUCGCAUUCGCAUUGUGCAACUGUAAAUUCGCCGAUGUACGCCGUUUAUAAACAUAACAAACCAAUACUAAAUGUAUAAUUUAGUGUGUGCGGUUAACAGUUAGAGUUAUUUAAAUUGUGUGUGUUCAAGUUCGAGUUCGAGUGUUGUGGUGUUUAUUUCGGUGUUGUUUCAAUUCGUUUCAAAUUUUAUCAAAUCGUGCAUGCGACGCGCGUUCGUUGCCUAAGUCUUUCGUUUUUUGCCUAGCGGUACAUUUAGUCGAGAAGUCGAGCGUGCGGCGCGGAAGUUACAAUUUCUUACAAUUACAACAUCCAAACACCACACUCAUUUCGCACUGGCUUCGCUCAAACCCUAACUGAAACUUGUCGACCGUCAGUCUAGCCGGAGUGCCAAGUGUCCCAGUGUCCAGCAAGCGAGCAAGCGAUCAGACUGACCAACCGACAGACCAAACACGACCGCAAACAUGUUUAAGUGGGUUAUGCCGGCGUCGCGUAGAAUCGCGACGAUAACGACGACAACACAACUGGCAACUGCAACAGCAACAGCAACAAGAACAACAGCAGCAGCAACCACAACAAGAGGAACGACAAUAACAAAGCGUCAACUACUUUCCAACGCUUUAACAACUUUAAUAAUAAUAGGCGCAUUAUUUGUGCAGACAACAAGUGGAUUUAGAUCAUCAAUUGAAUCGAAUGGCGGUGGACGCAAAUUGUUUGGUGGCUAUCGCAUUACCCCGAAGCAUUGUCGCGCCACCAAAACGCUGCCCAGCUCCGAUCCUCGAUCAAAUGGACCCACCAUCUGCAUGUUCAAUCAUGAGUGCGCACAGCGAGGCGGUGAAGUGGUGGGCGCCUGUAUGGAUGGCUUUCUGUUCGGUGCCUGCUGUCAGAUUCCGCAGACGCAUGAGUUGGCUAGCACCUUGAUCAAUGAUGCGCAGAAUGCUUACUUCCAGCAACAUCAGCAGCAGCAGCAACAACAGAAACUGCAACAGGCAGCGCAAUCCUCCUACGAGAACUACGGCGAGCAGCAGCAGCAGCUGCAGCAACAGAAGCCACAACAGCAACAGUAUGACCAGCAGCAACACAAGCCACAACAGCAGCCGCAACAGCAAUAUGGUCAACAGCAGGAGGAAGAGCAACAGCAGCUACAGCAGCAAUAUGGUCAGCAGCAAGAGCAACAACAGCCUCAACAGCAGUACGAUGAAGAGCCUCAGCAAUAUGUUCAGCAACAGCAGCAACAGAAACCUCAACAGCAACCACAGCAGCAAUAUGAUCAACACACGUCACAACAACAAUACGAUCAACCAUCGUCACAACAGCAAUACGAUCAGCAUCAGGAGGAAGCACAGCAAGUUAGCGAUGAGCAGCCAGCACAGAACAUCUACGAUCAGCAGAACUUAGACAAGGUCUAUCAGCAAUUGAGCAGCACGACCAGCAUUGGCCAGCACAGUGUGCAGCCAGUUGUCGAGGAUGAGGUGAGCUUCUCUAGCGGCUCUACCGAAGCAACAAAUUCGCAAUCAGCCAGCGUCGAGUUCGAACAGGAUGCCGAGCUGCAAGUGAACAAUGAUGCGGCCAACUUUAAUGAGGUUAAGGUAACGGAACAACCACCAGCAAUUCAUGUCAACAAGCACUCUGUGAAGAUCAACACGUUCUCAUCGCCGCCUGGCAACGAUGACUUUGUGAUGCAAGUGCUGGCUACAUUGCCACCUGAGCACAAUGAUGAUAUUGUGACUUUUACCACCGAGGUGCCCACCAAGAUCUCAGACAGCACCUUGGAUCACAGUUCAGAGUCCAACUCGUUUGAGGAGACACCAGCCACAAAGGCACCUGCUACCACAGCUGCGCCCACGACAGCCAAGCCAAAACCUCAGCCAAAGCCACAGCCCAAACCUCAACCCAAGCCACAGCAGAAGCCUCAAUCGAAGCCACAGGCCAAGCCAACGAUUCCAGCAAAGCCAAUGCCACAAUUGGCCGAGACCAUGAAGCGCCCCGUGCAGCAGAUCAAGGCGAAGCCAAAGCCUGCCGCGCCAUCGAAUAUGCAUCAUCACAAUCAUCUUAUACUGGAUGGCGGCGAGUUCACGCACAGCGAUAUUACACAUCCUGGUGCAGAUGCUGAUCUUGUCGAGGACUUGCAGUUCUCCACCGGCUACGGACCCCAACCAGUCUAUGUGCAGCCACCUCAGCAACAACUAUCAUCGCAGAGCUACACUUCCUCCUCCAGUAGCAGCAGCAGCAGCACUCAGCCUACAGCUGCCACGGAAGAUAAAUAUAUUCUGGUGCCCACCUACAACAAUGAGAAGCGUCCCAAUCCAGUAGCCAGUCAGAGCAAUCCCACCACAGUCUCCUCGAUUACCACGCAUGUGGACUCCAUUGAAUCGAUCAUCCUGCAGCUGAGCAACAGCAGCCAUGGUCCCAGCUACAAUGUGGUUAGCCAGCAGACACCUUCUUAUGGGUAUGCACCGCAGACGGAUCACAGCGAGACAACAGCUACAGUCACAGCACAACCCGAUGGCUACUAUCAACAAAGUCAGGAUGAAGGUGUCAAGUCGCCAGAGCAGGAUUAUGCCUACACCACGAGCCCUAACUAUGAGACCAGCUACGACAAGGUGUCCGACGAGCAGGAUGUUUCCGCUACCGGCAGCCAGUCCGCAGAGUUACCAACACCGCGUCCCACAUACAGCGAGGAUCAAUCCUCAGUGUUGGAUGAGCACACAAUGCCAGCCACUGGCUACAAUGAUGCAGCGAUCCCCUCGGGCCCACAGACCUCGGAGUUCAACAAAAUGCCCGUCAUGGGCAUCGCUUACCCAGUGGACAUGGCGUACCUAGAAAGUGAGUCGGGACAGGCUGAGCUUUCGGGCUAUGGUCAGCUGAGCAGCGGUUCCCAGGAGGCCAACACUGAAGUCAGCUAUCAGAAGAUUACAAACACCUACACGGAGCCACCGCAACCCUCGCCUGCCUAUGUGCGACCCUCGACUGCAGCUAAUCGUCCUGUUGCCUCGUACAUUGGCAUGGUGACAAUGCAGCACUACAACGAUCCGCUGCCCGCCGAAGUGUCCGUUUCGUCUCACACCACCAAGGUGCAAGAGCAAUACGAUGCCAGCUCCGAUGGUUAUCAACAGACGGAGAAGUUGUCCAUUGCCAGUCCAGCACCCACAUCCAGUUAUAUUGCCAGCACCACAACAACGCAGGCACAGCGUCCGCAAUACGAUGCUAUGGAUAGCUCUUCCACACGUCCUGUUCUGAUCACCGCCAGCCCCAAGCCGCGUCCCAAGCCCAGCAGCAAGCGUCCGCCUACAAAGAAGACUCCUCCGGCACAGCCCAGCAAUAACUACAAUCAGCCACAGUUUAGCGAGCAGAACACUAGAAGACCCGCCUAUGACGCAGAGGAAUCUCCUGUGACACACAUACAGAUCAAACAACCAUCGGGCAACUACAACGCGGAACAGGUGACACAACCAGCGGACACGGGUUACCCACAAUCCCAGUCACCAGCUGCCAGUUAUGAUCAGCCAGCGGCAGCCCCUACUGUCAGCUAUGAUCAGUCAUCUUCGCCAGCCGCCAGCUACGAUCAGUCGGUGUCUCCAGCUCUUGACUACGCCCAGCCAACUAUCAGCUAUGAACAACCAGGUCCUGCGCCAGCUCCAGUCCCCGCUCCAGCGCCAGCAGCAGAGAAACUCGGCUACAAUGAGCAACCUGUGGCCAGCUCGCCAACACGCAAACCAGUCUCAUCCAAGCCAAUUUCCACCAGCUAUGUCACGGGUCCAACUACACCACGUCCACCUGCUACCGUCGAUUAUCACUACGACAAGGUACCACCACUAUUCAUGGCCGACGACAAGCUGGAUGCCUUCAUACAGAGCACAGCUGAGAACAUCUUAGGCUCUACGCCAGGCAACUAUCAGCCUCCUUUGUACGCCACAGCCUCGACACCAAUUCACAUCCAGCAGCCCACGAGCAAUUAUGGUGGCCACAAGAAGCCAGGUUUCGUGCAGAUCACACCUAAACCCACUGCCAUCAAUCUGGUGAGCUCCAAUUCUUGGAUCAAUAACAACGAAAACAACAACAACAAGGUGGCUGCCACCACAAACUCUUACAUCUAUGGCCCAAGUGUGACCCGUCGUCCGGUUAGCACACCGGCUGUGGUGAGCUCCAAUGACUUUGAAGAUCCGGGCUACUUUGGCAUGCCAAUCGCCGGCGCGGGCAGCAGUCCAGUUCACGUGGCCUUUACGCAAUCGACAACCGAAACAUUGUUCGGACUUCCCUCUGAUGAUAAACCCGCUUUCCCUGGCUACUAUGGUCCCACACCCACAUAUCCGGCAUUCUCGGUGCCCGGCGAAAAGGUGGGCCAACAAGUGAACGAAGAGACCUACACGUCACCCAAUGACUUCGUUAACUUCCCACCGGUGCGCAAUCCCAAUCUGAAUAUGUCUGCCGCCUCCAGCGCUGUGACCAGCGAUCUGGAGCUGUCUACGCCUGCAUUUGUUGAGGAUGUGGUGCUGAAGGAUAAGAUGCAUACGCUCGUGCACAAAUUGGUUGCCUCGUUGCAGGGCAACUUUGAGGCUUUGGCUGACAUGAUCGACGAGACCAACAAUACCGCAACCACCUAUGCCGCCGGCCCCGUUGGCGGUGCCACAACGAAUGUUAACCGCAAGACCACUCGGAAGCCAGUGCGUGUGGCAACCACAGCAAAGCCCAAGGCUACAACUAAGAAACCCGUGACACGUGUGUCCACCAAGGCGCCCAACAAGAAGACUUCUGCAGUCAGCACGACACGCAAACCGGUGACACGUCGAACCACUAUACCGAGCACUACAACGCGUCGUCCCAGCUCGAAGAAACCCACCAAACGCAUUGGCAGCACUGUGAAAACCACUGCACGUCCAGCGAAUGAUGAAAUCGUAGACGAGGAGGAUGAAGAGGAUGUGAACCCAAGUCCGCAUGAGAAUGAAAUCGAUCAGGGAUCUACGCUCAGCUCGUACGGUGGUGCCUAUGGACGCAAGAUACAAUGCGGCGUUCGUCCACACGUCAAGUCCGGACGUAUUGUCGGCGGCAAAGGCUCCACAUUCGGCGCCUUUCCCUGGCAGGUUCUCGUCCGUGAGUCCACCUGGUUGGGACUCUUCACCAAGAACAAAUGUGGCGGCGUUUUAAUUACUAGUCGCUACGUCAUCACCGCCGCUCAUUGUCAGCCUGGCUUCUUGGCCUCUUUGGUCGCCGUCAUGGGUGAGUUUGACAUCUCCGGCGAUCUGGAGAGCAAACGUCCCGUCACAAAGAAUGUCAAGCGCGUCAUUGUGCAUCGCCAAUACGAUCCGGCAACGUUCGAGAAUGAUCUGGCGCUGCUUGAAAUGGACAGCCCCGUGCAAUUCGAUACGCACAUAGUGCCAAUUUGCAUGCCCAGCGAUUUGGCUGAUUUCACUGGACGCAUGGCCACGGUCACGGGCUGGGGUCGACUCAAGUAUGGUGGCGGUGUGCCCUCGGUGCUUCAGGAGGUUCAGGUGCCAAUUAUCGAGAACAGCGUUUGCCAGGAGAUGUUCCACACCGCUGGGCACAACAAAAAGAUCCUUAACUCCUUUCUGUGCGCCGGCUAUGCCAAUGGGCAGAAGGACUCUUGCGAGGGCGACAGCGGUGGUCCUUUGGUGUUGCAACGUCCUGAUGGUCGUUACGAGUUGGCUGGCACCGUUUCCCAUGGCAUCAAGUGUGCGGCGCCAUACCUCCCGGGCGUCUAUAUGCGUACGACAUUCUACAAGCCUUGGCUGCGCAGCAUAACGGGCGUUAAAUAGGCCACGCCCACUUGGUCAAGGCGCAACAGGCGAACUGUAAAUAGAAGUAGUAGAGUUAGAAACUAGCAGAAAACAAAGUUAAAACAACUUUCAUAUAUUUUGUAAUUCGAACGUCGCAUUCUCGACUCUGACCCCUUCAUGCACAAUCACCCCCUCAAUUCCCCCCACAUACACUGUCAUUAGCUUAAUUGGAAAAGUGUAGCAGCAGUAGGAAAAGCAAAACAAAAAAAAAAAAAAAGAAAAA